GCACUCGUUUUCAGAUCCAAGCCACGAACAGGGCUGAUCUCAGAGUCCUUAUUGCUUUUCCGCUUUGAGGUCCUGACAGUUGGGGGGCGGGAGGAGGGCUCUCUUCCCCCCCCCAUCCCCUGUGGACAGCGCUGCAGCAGGCAGAGGGGAGGAGGUGCUGAAAUAGCAGCAGCUAAAAUCCGCUGUGCCGGCCAGGGACGUUUUUGCAAUGACAAUAGGAAGCAUGGAGAAAGUUGAAGUGUUCACUUCAGAAGGCAAAGGUCGGGGUCUUAAGACCACCAAAGAGCUCUGGGCUGCCGACGUGGUCUUUGCAGAGCGGGCUUACUCUGCGGUGGUCUUCGACAGCUUCACCCAGGUCGUGUGCCACACCUGCUUUAAAAGGCAGGAGAAACUCCAGAGAUGUGGGCAGUGUAAGUUUGCCCACUAUUGUGACCGGACCUGUCAAAAGGAUGCCUGGCUGAACCACAAGCAUGAGUGUGCAGCUAUCAAGAAGCACGGGAAGCCGCCCACUGAGAACAUCAGGCUGGCGGCCAGAAUCAUGUGGCGGAUAGAGAGAGAAGGAACUGGGCUCACGGAGGGUUGUUUGGUCUCCGUUGAUGACCUGCAGAAUCACGUGGACAACUUUGGGGAGGAGGAGCAGAAGGACCUUCGGAUGGAUGUGGACAGCUUUUUGAACUUCUGGCCCUCCCAGAGCCAGCAAUUCAGCAUGCAGUAUAUCUCACAUAUCUUCGGAGUGAUCAACUGCAACGCUUUCACUCUCAGUGACCAGAGGGGCCUUCAGGCCGUGGGGGUGGGGAUCUUCCCCAACCUCUGCCUAGUGAACCAUGACUGCUGGCCCAACUGUACGGUCAUAUUCAACAACGGCAAUCAUGAGGCUGUGAAAUCUAUGUUUCACACACAGAUGAGAAUUGAGCUUCGGGCCCUGGGGAAGAUCUCAGAAGGGGAGGAGCUGACUGUUUCCUACGUAGACUUUCUCAACAUUAGCCAAGAGCGGAAGAAGCAACUGAAGAAACAGUAUUACUUUGACUGCACGUGUGAGCACUGUGAGAAAGGGAUAAAAGAUGACCUCUUCCUGGCGGUGAAAGAGGACCCCAAGCCUCCCCAGGAUGCGGUGAAGGAGGUGACCCAGUUCUCCAAGGACACCUUGGAGAAGAUUGACAAGGCUCGCUCCGAAGGGCUGUACCACGAAGUGGUGAAAUUAUGUCGAGAGUGUUUGCAGAAGCAGGAGCCGGUGCUGGCAGACACCAAUAUCCAUGUGCUGCGGAUCCUAAGCAUCGCCUCUGAAGUGCUCUCCUACCUGCAGAGCUUCCAGGAGGCUUCGGACUAUGCCAAGAGGAUGGUCGAUGGUUACAUGAAGCUCUACCACCCUAACAAUGCCCAGCUGGGCAUGGCUGUGAUGAGGGCAGGGCUGACCCACUGGCACGCUGGACUCAUUGAGGCUGGGCAUGGGAUGAUCUGCAAAGCCUACGCCAUCCUCCUGGUGACUCAUGGGCCCACCCAUCCAAUCACUAAGGACCUGGAAGCCAUGCGCAUCCAGUCAGAGAUGGAGCUGCGCAUGUUCCGACAGAAUGAGUUCAUGUACUACAAGAUGCGGGAGGCCACCCUGAGCAACCAGAAGAUGCAGGUCAUGGCGGAGCCAAGCGUGGAGACAGCAACGCCCACCUUUCAUAAGAAGCCAUGAGGACUUGCUCAAGAGGGGACAUCUGGUGCUGAAGGGAUGGGCAAAGGGGGCAGAACCAUCCUCCCAAAGGGGUCGGGGAGCAAGGAAUGCAGUGGGCUGGAUGGCUGUUGGAAGGAAGGCACCCCAAGUCUUCCAGCGAGCAUGCUUUGACACCUAUUGUUUGUUAGCAUGGUGUGUGAUUCUGAGUAUUGUCUUGUCCAAUGUCGCUUUGGUCCACAUUUGUGGAUUCCUCAUGUUCCAAUGGAAUUGUGGGGAAUGUGGGCGUGUUUGGGUGCUCUGAGAACUGGGACCUCCUAAAAAUGGGGGCUACUCUGAAACAGGUGUGUGGAAGCCCUUUGAGGGCAGGGGCUGCUUUAAUUUUUGUCUUUGUGCUCUGAGCACAGUGAGUACCGAAUGAGGGCACCGCCAACUUGGGAGCCAGAGGACCUGAGUUCUAAUCUAGACUCUGCUGCUAUGUAACCUUGGGUAGAUCACUUCAUGUCUUUGGUCCUCAGGUUCCCCAUCUGUAAAACGGGAGCUCAACUAGGUGACCUUUGAGAUUCCUUCUGGCCAGAAAUCUAUGACCCUCUGAGACUGGAAGAUUCUUUUCUGGAUAUCAAAUCAAUGAGAUAUUUAGGGCCCUUACAAAGGACAAUGAGGCUUAGAAAAUAUGUACACGACUUCAUCCAAAUGUCACAACAGACAAUGAGAGAGGUGUUAUUAUUACCUUUCUCAUCCCUCCACCCACAGAUGAGGAGCUGAGACUCAAAGGGCUGAAUGAUAAGCCCAGGGGGUCACACAGGCAGCCAGUGUCUAAGGCAGGAUCUGAACCCAGGUGCCUUAUACACUGCACCCCAUCGAUCGCCUUUUUGCUUCUCUUCUACAUCUCAGGGCAAAGCCUGACCUAGUUUUCUCUCUUUUUUUCCACGCCCUGGGACAAAUUUCUCAGCUCUGAUUCUAAUGGGCUCACAUGCUGCUCCUUUCCUUUUCUCCCUGUCUCUCCUGGAGGGAGAGACCUCUCUCUUUUGAACAUGGCUGAUUUCACAGGCCUAGGGAGGGAGCUGAUCAUCUACAGAGGGGAGCCUGGAUUUGAUGGAAGCCAUUCAUGGGGAGGAUUCAGCUAGGUUGAGGAGAACAUGUCCCUGAGCCUGAGAGCAGGGAGGUCUGCCUGAGUCAGGGACUGGGCUGGGAAACAGUAGUUUGCAUGGGUUUGUCUGGAAGAUUAAGGCCAUGUGAAGUCGCCAUCCCAGGUCCAAGUCUUUACCAGUCACUUCGACCCAACAUCAUUACACUGGACAUUUACAGGGCACUUUGAAGGGCUCAAAGCACUCCACACAUCUGUUCUUCCUUGAGCCUCAGAAUGAACUUGUGAAAUGAGUUCCUGCUCUAUCAACCCCAUUUUGCAGAUGAGGAAAGUGAAGCUGAGAGAAGUUAAUGAAUUGGCCCAAGGUCACAUAGGCAACAAGUGACAGAGCGAGGAUUCAAACUCAGGUCUCCAGAUGCCAAGUUUAGUGUGCUCCCAUUUGCCCCAUAUGGGUUCCCCAAGGCAGCUUCUCCCAAGCUGGGACUUGUACCCUUUUGUGUGUGUGUGUGUGUGUGUGUGUGUGUGAACAGCGUACGUGACUGGAAUCAGAAUGUCUCACUGCUGGAACCGAGGACUCGUCUCCCCCAAUAUUUCUGCCUUUUGGGCCAACACCAUCUGCCCAUCAUCUUGCCCGGAUCAGAGACUUGGAUCGCGCGAUGUCUCUGGCUCAUAUAAUUUUGUAGUAACUAAAGCAGUAGCAUUAAAAAUCAGUGUUUC